GUUGCAUGAUGGUUAAAUAGCCUGGCCCUGGAACCCGCCAUUUUCUGUUGGGGCUGGCGGGAAAAGCGGGAAGGGAGCGGAGAGCAGCGCGAGCGCCGCCGCGGGACGACCAAACGGCACCAACGGCCGCUGAAGCGCGAGGCGUACAGCUCAGGUUUCUUGCAGCUUAAGGACCACCCAGGAUGGCCCGUACUAAGCAGACUGCCCGUAAAUCCACUGGCGGGAAAGCUCCUCGAAAGCAGCUGGCCACCAAAGCCGCCCGGAAAAGUGCACCGUCCACUGGUGGAGUGAAGAAACCUCACCGUUACAGGCCUGGCACUGUGGCACUGCGAGAGAUCCGGCGGUACCAGAAAUCCACAGAAUUGCUGAUCCGCAAGUUGCCAUUCCAGCGUCUGGUUCGUGAAAUCGCUCAGGACUUCAAGACAGACCUGCGGUUCCAGAGUGCUGCCAUCGGAGCUCUGCAGGAAGCCAGCGAGGCGUAUCUUGUGGGUCUGUUUGAGGACACCAACCUGUGUGCCAUCCAUGCCAAGCGGGUCACCAUCAUGCCAAAAGACAUACAGCUGGCUCGCCGCAUCCGUGGCGAAAGGGCUUAAGUU